AUGAAAUCGCCUCCUGAUUCGCCUGCAUUAAGCCCUCGCCCUGCAUCGGUUGUCGUUGAGACACUAGGCGCUAAAACGUCAGAGACAAAGGAGGGAUUACCUCAGAUCAACCAGUAUAUUUUGAAGAAAGAGAUCGGCCGUGGCGCGUUUGGAACAGUGCAUUUGGGUGUUGACAAGAACACUGGCAAUGAAUAUGCCAUCAAGGAAUUCAGCAAGCAGCGCUUACGUAGGAGAGAACAGUCUGCCAUGCUCCGUCGACCAGGUGGACUUCGGGGAAGGGGUAGGGGCUUUGGACCCCGUGUUCCAAGACAUGCUCAGAGUAGCGGCAAUCCCUUGGAUCUCGUACGAACUGAGCUCGCUAUUCUAAAGAAGCUCAAUCAUCCACAUGUGGUGAGACUAUUUGAAGUAUUGGAUGAUCCAGAUAACGAUUCGCUUUAUAUGGUAUUCGAGAUGGCACACAAGGGCGUGCUCAUGGAUGUAGAGGCAGGUGGAACUGUAACUCCUUAUUCAGAAGAGAUGGCGCGUCAUUUUUUUAGAGACAUGAUCCUUGGAAUUGAAUAUCUACACUAUAGCAAUAUCGUUCAUCGCGAUAUCAAGCCGGACAAUUUGCUUUUAUCUCAGGAUGGUGUUUUAAAGUUUGUAGAUUUUGGCGUUUCGGAAAUGUUUCAAAAGGACAAUGAUCUGUUGAAGAAAUCAGCAGGAAGUCCAGCUUUCAUGGCUCCAGAAUUAUGCACAGCAAAUCAUGGUGAAGUAUCGGGAAAAGCUGCAGAUAUCUGGUCUAUGGGUGUUACGCUUUACUGUUUGGUUUAUGGCCGUCUUCCUUUCAUCAGCACCAAUUUUAUCGAGCUCAAUUCUAAAAUUUGCCAUGACCCUGUGGAAUACGAUAAGAGUACAAACCCAGAACUUGUCAUGCUUCUACAAAAGUUAUUGGAGAAGGAUCCUGAAAAGCGGAUUUCUAUAUCGGAGCUGCGGGUGGAUCCCUGGGUGACGAAACAUGGACAAGAACCAUUGAUUUCAGAAGAAGAGAACAAUGCUGCUAUGGUCACUGAAGUCACUGAAGAAGAAAUCAGCAGAGCCAUAUCCAAGAUCGUUCCUGUGUUCAUGGUGAUGAAGGCUGUAAGCAAAUUCAAGCGGCAUUCAAGAUCAAUGUCACAACAAUCCCUCAGUAAGGUGAUGGAUAAGCCUUCUUCCCAGGAGAGUAGCGACAGCGAUGACAUCGAACACCUAAAGACAGAGACCGAGAGCUUGCAUAUUUCAUCUUAA